UUCGCGUUGCAGCACAUGGAAUUGGAAGGGCUACAACAUUCGCUACCAGUACGCCGGGACGUCUGGCCCUGCAUUGGUUCUAAUUCAUGGUUUCGGGGCCAACAGUGACCAUUGGCGGAAAAAUAUUCCUGUUCUUGCCAUGGCAAAUAGAGUUUAUGCAAUUGAUCUAAUUGGUUAUGGCUAUUCUGAUAAGCCUAAUCCACGUGAGUUUAAAGAGAGCUUUUAUACUUUUGAGACUUGGGGAGAACAGUUGAACACGUUUUGUGCUGAAGUUGUCAAGACUGAUGCUUUCUUCAUAUGCAAUUCAAUCGGAGGGGUCGUUGGUCUGCAGGCUGCUGUUAUGGAACCUCAAACGUGUAAGGGUAUUGUUUUAUUGGAUAUUUCACUAAGGAUGCUUCAUAUUAGCAAGCAGCCAUGGUAUGGAAAGCCUUUCAUCAGAUCAUUUCAAAAUCUCCUAAGGAACACUGUUGUUGGAAAGCUCUUCUUUAAUGUUGUUGCAACACCAGAAUCCGUGAAAAAUAUUCUUUCUCAGUGCUACCAUGACACAUCUGCUGUCACAGAUGAGCUGGUUCAGUUUAUUCUGCAGCCAGGGCUUGACCCUGGGGCAGUGGAUGUAUUCCUUGAGUUCAUCUGCUACUCUGGAGGUCCUCUACCUGAAGAUCUACUUCCCAUAGUGAAGUGUCCAGUUUUAGUAGCUUGGGGGGAGAAGGAUCCAUGGGAGCCUGUGGAGCUUGGAAGAGCCUAUGGGUCUUUUGAUGCUGUUGAAGAUUUUAUCGUCUUGCCAAAUGUUGGACACUGCCCACAGGAUGAGGCACCUCAGCUUGUUAAUCCACUUGUCGAAUCAUUUGUUAAACUCCAUAGUUAGCACAUGGUUGGAUUAUUUUCUCUGUUUAUUAGACCUUGGUCAACUGGAACCAAGAGUUGCUGGAAGGUGGGAAUGUCUAUUUUACUGCAGGAUAACAGGUGUGCCGUUCUUUUAUAGGCCAUGAUAGAGUACUUCAAUUUGAGGACUUGUGGCAAACACAUUCAACAUAUUACAGUUCAGGGGUUAGUACAAGCAGCACGUGUUUUAUUUAUUCCGGUGGAGGUAUAAUGAAAGUGAAGCAAACUCAUAUGUAUAUAAUUUUCGUCCUUGUCCCUAUAGUCUUUAUGGUAGAAUCUCUACAACCUGUAGACAUGACAUUAAUGUUCAUAGCCUGGAGCCUGCCCACUUGAUUCAAAGCUUUGACAAUUUGUGUAAUAUAGAAAUGAUGUAAAACCAUGCAAUAGCUUCGAAAUAAUUUUCUUUACCAAAAAAGGAUA